ACCCGGGGUCUGGAUCCGCCACUGGUCACAUUUGAUUUCACCAUCACCUUCUUCUUCCUCUCAGAUUGGGAAAUGUCUAAACGACAGAAGCUCGUUGGUCAAUCGGUGAAGAACACAUUGUCUUCCUCUUCUUCAUCCGAGGAUUAUGACUGGGUCAAUUUAGAAGUUCGUAGGUUAUCUUCCAUUUAUACCUCCCCCAAAUCAAUCAACAAGCUUAGGUCUCAGUUGUCCUUGUCUUCAAAAGAAAAUGCUGGAAAAAUCACUAUAGAGGAAUGUUAUGAGGACGAGCCGGUUUGUUUCAAUCAAGCACCAGGUGGUUCUUCGCCGGAGUUUUUUUACAUGUAUGAGACCUUGUUUAGCAGGUUAAACAUAAAACUCCCUUUCUCUGAAUUCGAAUGUGAUGUUCUGAGAACCUUGAAAGUUGCUCCUACCCAGUUGCAUCCUAAUAGCUGGGCGUAUGUUCGCGCGUUCAGCAUACUAUGCCGAAACUAUAAGAUAAACCCCUCUGCCCGUCUGUUCUUUUGCUUCUUUGAAAGAAUGUUUAGUCGCAAAGGGUGGGUUUCCCUAAUUAGGAUUCCAGGGAAGAGUAUACUUUCCCUCUUCACGUCAUCGUAUAAAAAUUUCAAAACCAAGUAUUUUCGUGUUAAAAACAGUCAAGAUUUCCCUGAAUUGAUAAAAGAUGCUAGCGGGGGCUAUAAAUUUCCUCUAUACUGGUCAUCCAACCCCUCGCCAAUUAGUGUGACUGACCGAUCUAGCCUUACGCCUAUUGAACGAGUUCAUGCCAGUUUCCUGGAGACCUUUCCUACCCUGAGUAGCUCUGAUAUAAUCAAUUUGGGAAACAAACCAGUUGCCUUGCGACAGUAUUUAGCCAAGAUGUCUCCCAUGACCGAUGCAGACCUUUUGGCUUAUUACACCAAGAAGAACAAAGCUAAGAAGACCAAUGCUACUAAUGGAAAAGAUCAAGCCCCUGAAAACAAAGAGCUGACUGAACAAUCUGAGUCCACCAUCAAGGAAAUUUUCACCAAAAAAAGAAAAAAGAUGUCUGAAAAUUCUGCUGAAGUUUCUACCUCUAAUCUGUCGAGGCCCUCGACUCAGAAGUCAUUUUCCAAGACUAGUGAAAUUGAACAGUGGCAGUCAGUCCUCCAAGAGUGUGAGAACAAGGUCGUUGGCGAGGCAUCGAGUCUCAGGGACAAGCAAUUCCCAAUAUCUGACUUAAUUGAUACCUAUCUCACCAAUAAUAAGGAUGUGGAGAAAGUGAAAAAUCUCAAUUCUGAAAAACUUUGCCAAGCUUUGGAAACCUAUGCUCUCCAAACUACCUUCCUUGCUCAAUCUUUGGAGAAGAGAUGGGAACAACAUGAGAAAGAUUUUGAAACUUUGAAAAGAAGCAACGAAGAACUCAAGGGUCAGUUGGACAAGGCAAAGAAGGCUGAGAAGGAUUUAGAUGAUUUAAGAAAGAAGUUUCAUGCUCAGGAACUUGAGAAUAUAGUAAAGGAUUUGAAGUUUAAGGAGAUGGAAGAAGAGAAAAAGAAUUUGGUUACUACUUUGGAGACUGAUCGCGAUGAACUUAAAGUGGCUUGUGAGAAUCUUGAGGCUGAAGUGGAAGAGUUGAAGGGUGAGGUGGCUUUAAAGUAUGCGUCCGGGUUUGAUAAAGCUAUUAUGCAGGUCCGUUUCCUGUAUCCUAACUCAAAUUUGGAGGAGACCGGACCUUUUAAAGUUGUGAAAGAUGGAAAGUUGGUCGAUCAGUUUCCUAAUUGUAACUAGUUAUGUAUAGAUAUUAACAUUAUCCUUUUGUAUCGUGUGUUAAGAAGUAACUUAUUGCACCUGCUAUUUUAGCAAUGUCAGAUCCAUUUUCAUGAUUGUGAACUUUAUGUUCUUCUACUUUGGAUGUCUAUGCAAAUGAAAUGUCGGAAUUUAAUCCUUUUUUUAUGACAUGGAUCUUUAGUAGAUAGAAGGUUCACAUGACAUUAUUCUAAUGGAAAAGCUAUGAUCAGGCUUGAUAGGUUUAUUGUUUGUGAAGAAUCGAUUGUGGUCUUGGAAAAUCUAGUUCAGUGGACUCUGAAAAUGGUCUUAUUUAUCAUAAUCCUAUUGUUAGUAGGAACUGUAAUUUAGAUUGGGGGCCAAGCCUUUUUUAGGGAUCUUUAUCAAAGGUGGAUCUUUAAUAGUUCUGGAAUUAAUUUAUACAUGUCAGUCAGCAUAUAUUCUUUUGUAGGAAAAUAAAGUUGCCUAAAUCACGGCAACACUUCACAUUUUCUUUCCUUUAGAAGCUUUUGGAAGUCUCUUGCACCUCUAGAGGUUUUAAAUUUUUUCUUAGCAGGUCAGUUUGGAUCGGGGGCCUACAAAAUCAAUGACUGAAAUCAAGUUCUUUUUGUUUUCUGCAAGUCAUGUCUGCAAUUUAAUUUUUUUUAAAUCCAUGUAAGCAUCAUUAACACAGUCAGCGAUCCAAAUCAUCACUUUUCUUCUUCAUCUAUUUAUUCCCUCCAACCACCCACAUUCGAAGCUUUUUGUUCAUUUGGGGUUGAUAAGGUGGGGUUUUGAUCGCUGGGUGUGGCGACAAGAAAGGAGAUGAUGGUCUCGUGAUCUGAGUUCAUCGUUCAAUAUGGUAUGAGAAGAUUCUUGAAGCUUUCUCUGCUCUCUCUGGUGCGAUGAUUUUCCCAGCUUCAACAAUGGCGUUUUCAGUUGGCAAUCGUCUCAUUCUUGCUCCUCUCCUUCAAUCUGGUUUGUGAUUUGUGUUCUCUGAUUUUCUAUCUGGCUCUGGUUUUCAACACUGCCUACAGAUUCGCGUUCUAAUCGCGA